UUGAAGCAGAACAAGUUAAUGGCUUAUCUUUGUACGGGAAGGAGAAGGAAGGUGAGAUUGAAAGAGAGAGUUCAAUGCUAUUGCUUAAUACUAAUACUAUGAACCCUAACUAUGACUCUCCAACAUCAUCUCCUCCAACUCCAUCCUCACCCCUUCCUGUUAGUUUCGGACCGGGCAACCGCCAGUACUCCAUCUCGGCAUCAUCAACUCCUUCACCACCCUUCUCGCCGGCACCUUCCAGCCAGGCUUCUCUUGAGCAGGAGAAGAUUCCCCUUCUGCAAGAAGAUCCGCCAACUACUGAUAAUUUGCCUUCAGUCUUUUCAUUGGACCUCCGGAAAUCUCAAGAAUUGGAACCUAAGAGUACAUGCCUGCAAGAAUUGUUAGAAUGGUUUGUGCAAAGAUGCUGCAGCUGUUGUAUCAGAUUCUUUGAAUCAUCCAACCGCGACAUAAAUUCUCAAUGAUACAGAGCAGAAGACAAAACAUGUUUUCAUAUUUUAGCCUUACUUUGACCAGAAUGUUCUCUCAAUCUUUUCUAAUUUCAGAUUCAUUUCAAGAUUCAGAGUAACAUUCGUUCAGUUGCUAACACAGCUUUCUCAUUCCUGGACUCUUUUUCGUUAUCAUUAACUAGUAUGUAUCUGAAAAGAAACUCACAAAUCACAGAACAAUAUGCAUGCAAUACUUGAAUCUAUACGCGUUUUCAUACA